AUGAACAGUUUUCUCCUCAGUUGUACUUUUGUUGUGAUAUGCUUAUGCAUCAUCUACCAGGCACAAGGCGCUGUAUUGCCGGUGUCGAGCACAGAACUCGCAGUUGUACCAUUAGCUUCUGGAGAGACUUCGAUUGAUACACUGGGAGAGUCGCGAGUGAAACGACAAGACCCAGGUGCUGUUGCUGUUGUCGACGAUGCUGUACAUGCUGUAGAACUUGCUGUUGCACCAGAUGCUGCACUUGCUGUAGACCAUGUUGCUGUUGCUGUGGCGGAGGAGGCGGCGGCUGCGGAUGCUGUGGAUGUGGAUGUGGAUGCUGUGGAUGCUGCGGAUGUGGCGGAGGCCGAAAGAGAAGAUCUCUUCAGAAUCUCAGAAUCGAUGCUGCCAACAAGGCUCUCGGAAUCAACAGAAAACCAUCAGCUGCUGCCAACUGCAAAUUCUAAUCAACCAGUUCAACCUGUCUUCUAA